UUUUAAAAAAUAUAAAACAUAAUAAACUUUGAAUGAAUGGGUGUUGGCAAUUAUUUAAACACGUUACAGCUCAAGGUCCCCUCAGUCUGGGCGAAUAUGAGGAUUAAGAAAACACGGCGACGAACCACUCCGUCGAACGAGACUGAAAUGGCGACGAUAGCAGCAGCAGCAGCCAAUCUCUCUGCAGCGAGUCGACUCAAUACUCGUGGUUUCUUCAAACCUCUAUCCUCGAUCUUCAACUCUUCUCGUUUCCGGCAUUCCUCAACAAAUAUCCGUGCUUUAUCUGCAAUCGCCACCGUCGGCACCAAGUCGGGAACCGAUUUAAAUGAAAAUGAAAUAAAGGCAAACAGCCAACUACUGGCUUGCCCCAUUUGUCAUGACAUGUUAAUAUGGAAUGGUGAUCCAGUUUUCUCAGUGGAUGCUACACCUAAGUCUAUCUUAAACUGCACCACCUGUAAAAAGGCUUACACCAGUAAUGAAACGCAUCUUGACUUAACAUUAACUAGUGGCUCCAAGAAAUAUAGUGAAUAUGUGCCAGCUUCUUCUGAGCUUUUCAGGUCACCUGUAGUAUCAUUCCUGUAUGAGAGAGGCUGGCGACAAGCUUUUUCAAUAUGGGGUGGUUUCCCGGGCCCAGAGAAAGAGUUUGAAAUGAUGAAAGAUUAUCUUAAGCCAGCCAUCGGAGGAAGCAUUAUUGAUGCUAGUUGUGCUAGUGGGCUGUUCUCGAGGCUUUUUGCAAAAAGUGGUCAAUUUUCUCUUGUUGUUGCACUUGAUUUUUCAGAGUCGAUGUUAAAGCAGUGCUAUGACUUCAUCAAGCAGGAGGAUAACAUUUCUCAAGAGAACUUAAUCUUGGUUAGAGCUGAUAUUGCACGACUUCCAUUUGCUUCGAAUUCUAUUGAUGCUGUGCAUGCUGGUGCAGCUCUUCAUUGUUGGCCCUCACCUUCUGCUGGCGUAGCUGAAAUAAGUCGAAUUCUUCGACCUGGAGGAGUUUUUGUUGCCACCACCUACGUAGUAGACGGCCCUUAUUCAUUUAUACCUUUUUUGUCGCCUUUACGCCAGAAUAUCGGGCAGAUAUCAGGGAGCCACAUUUUCCUAUCUGACCGUGAAUUAAAAGACCUGUGCUCAACUUGUGGGCUGGUGGAUUACACAUGCGUUAGAAACAGACGAUUUGUUAUGAUUUCUGCCCGCAAGCCCAACUGAACAUGCGUGGUUGAAUCUUCGUAAUUUGUAUUAUAUCAUGCUGUAAAUGAAUAAUUCACCAGGAAAUUGAUUUAUGUAAAAUGCAAGAAAACUCACUUGUAAACAACCCGAAUUGUUUAUUCAUGUAAUGAAAUAACGAAAUUAAGCCUGAAUAA